GCCCCUACUACUGCCGCUGCCGCUUCUGCUGCCGCUACCACCACCACCUCCGCCAUCAUCAUCAGCACUGCUACAACAGCGCAAGAACGAGCUGUCAGUCCCCCCGUCCCACUCGCGCGGGACGAUAAAGAGAAAAGGAGUGAGAGAGACACGGAGAGAGAGAGAGAGAGAGGAGAGAGGAGAGAAAUUGCUCCCGCAAUAUAUACACCGCUCUUUGAAAAAGAAGCGGUCGCAGUAGCACUGGCUGGUUCCUUCUUUCGGCGUCGGUCCGAACACAACAACAACAACUACUACUACUACUACUACUACUACUACUACAUCAACAGCACUUCUUUAGUAACGUGGGUGAUACUACUUCAGAUGAUGAUGAUGAUAAUGUUCUUGUCUAACCAACUUCUUCGUGCUUUCUGAGGAAACAACAACUACAGUUUUUGAGGAAUUAAUUUUUUAGUUUCGGAUUCUUGUACAAAUUGGAUGUUCUCGGAGACAGAGCGGACGUUUCAAUGAAGACGACGAUUUUAUUCUUUCACUUACUGUGUUUUUAUUAGUUCCGUUGGAGUUGCGGGUUAUUUUCUGGCUUUUUUCUGAGGAGGUCUUAUGCUUUUUGAAAAUUGCUACUUUUUAGCAUUGGAAAAAAUAAGCCCUGCAAAAAAAGAAUUGCUAAAAAAGCAAGACGAGUUUGCAGUUGUAGUUUUUUAAUAUGCGAGUGCAAAAUUGCUGUGUGUGGGAGUAACAUUCGGAUAUAGAGACCAAAAAAAAAAACUGACGGUCGUUUGAUAGCGUGAAGCCUCAGAUUAAGCCCAGUGAUUUCCUGGCCAGGCUCUCUGUGUUAACACAGGAAACGAGACCUCGGAGCAAGAGGCAAUUACUGGUCGCCGACUCACCCGGGUCCGAUCCGACCCACGACACUGCGCAAAUAAGCCUGGCUGGGAACAUUGAGACUAAGCUAUUACCGUCUGCCUUCCUCCAUUAUCACGCCAUUGAUGUGCGCUCGUGUCCCAGAGCCAAUCAGGCAACUACUUCCGGUAUGUAAUUAACAUAAUCACGUGAUGCUCGGGUAGCAGACGAGGAUUUGAAACUUGAAAGUUACGUAUUUCUAAGAGAUACUGUAUUGGUACUGUUGCUGCUUAUAAUACCUCAGUCAGUGUCUUUACUUGUACAUGAAAAGGGAUUUUAAAGAAAGUGAUUUCGUGAGCUCUUCUGAUGUGAGGAUAAAUUUACGACGAGGAAUAAAUACAAGAACGAGGCGACUUCUCUGUAUAGAGAAAAGCGAUCUUCUUCUCACAAAACUGCUAACUACUGGAGUCUACCAAUGCUACCUCGUCCAGUUCCCAUGUCUGGCGGCGAGAUGAGUCCUGGAGUGGUCAAGCCCCCAGCCCAGCAGGAGUGCAUGUCCUGCAAGAAGCCCAUCACUGACCGAUACUUCCUCAAGGCCCUGGACCAGCUGUGGCAUGAGGACUGCCUCAAGUGUUCCUGCUGUGACUGCCGGCUCGGGGAGGUGGGCUCCACACUGUUCAGCAAGGCCAACCUUCUGCUGUGUCGACGUGACUAUCUCAGACUGUUCGGCACCACUGGCUACUGUGCGGCAUGUAAAAAGAUGAUUCCAGCCUUCGAGAUGGUGAUGAGGGCCAAAAAUAACGUGUAUCACCUCGAGUGUUUUGCCUGUCAACAGUGCAUGCAUCGGUUCUGCGUGGGUGACCGCUUCUACCUCGUCGACAACAAAAUCCUGUGUGAGUUUGACUACGAGGAGCGGAUGAUGUUCGCCAACCUAGGAGGCACCAUGACACCCAACGCUCCGGGCUCCGGACAGAACGGUCUACCCAACGGUAUCGGGCCCUGCAGCGGCUCCGUCACUGGACCAGGAAAUGGAGGAGGGGGAGGAGGAGGAGGCGGAGGAGGUGGAAGUACAGCAGGAGGAGGAGGAGCAGGAGGGAACGCCGGAGGCGGAAUCACAGCGACUGCAGGCGGAGGAGGAGGUGGAAGUGGCGGCCUGGGUGGUUUUGGUUAUGGUAGCGGCUACAAUGCCCUGACUCAAAUCAAAAGGCAGACUCAGAGUUUGAGUGAUGACGUCUCCAGCGGUUAUGGAAGCCCCUCGCCCAGCUCCUUAUGACAAUCCGUUCAUGCCCGUCUUGUUAAGUAACUGUUUUGUUCUCCUCGGUUUCAUGAAUGUCCAUUGUGUCGAGAUGUCUUUUGGUGUACGUAUUUUUCAACCGUCUAUUCGCUUUGAUCAUAAUUUCUUUUUUUUUUCAUUUUUUAUUCUUUCUUGGUUUGUUUUCUUUUUGUUUGGCGAAGAUUUUUAUUAAGCCUGUUUCAUUCUAUUUCAUUUACUGAAGGAUCCGUAUGUUUGUCAAUAUUUAUGAGGAAACGUUUACAUCCGAAAUUGUUUAUUCACCAAUAAGCAACAAAGAGGAAAUUACAUCGCAUAAUCGAUGUCAAUACUGGUGGAAUGGGUACAGAUAGAGGUACUGCGCGACGUGCAACACUAAUGUGUACUUUUUUCAUUUUUACACGUCAAAAGCAAAGUUACAUAAAUAUUCCUCAUGAAACAUUACAUGUAAGAUGUACUCUUAAAAUCAUUUUCCUUUUCAUUUAUAGGGCGAAUUCUGACGCUGAUAUUAGCGGAAAUAAUCUUCGACGAAACGUUUACCCGCAUAAAUUGGCAAAGAAACACUCUUUACCGAUUGGUUAUGACUGUGAAUGAUGAAGAGUGCUCCUAGUCUGUGAAUAGAUUGUCAAAUUGGAUAAAGACAUGCUUAAUAAAAAGCGAAGCCGCUUUAAAUCAACUGUGAAAAGAAUAAUGUGUCUGAAAAGGUGACGUCUGAGAAAUAUUUGACUGUGAUGAGACUGAUAGUAAUUAUGUAUCAUCUUUCAUAUCUGCAGUUCCAUGGUUUUAUUUGUUUGUUUGAUUGUUUAUUUGUUUGUUUUCCUCUUUUGUCCCCUUUCAGCUCAAAUAUACAGUUAUUGUUAUUUUUCAAACGUGUAAAGUAGUGGUGUGUCUGUGGCCUUUCGAGUCCUCUCAGAGUCUCAUUUCGGAUGUAGGCGGGGGAGAUAAUUAUUUUUCUUUUUGUUUUGUUUGGGGAGGGGGGGGAAUGUUUUUGGCUUUUUUUAGGGUGGUUUGUUUGUUUGUUUUGUUUUUGUUUUGUUUUUCGUGGAGGGGGGGUGUGAGUGUGUUUUUAGUGUUUUGUUUUUGGAAGGGAGACCAUUUGUAGUGGUUAUAAUACCCUUUCUAGAUUCGAUUCAGAUUGAGUUUUUAUUCCAUGGGUUUUUUAGACCUCUCUGAAAUUGGCUUAGUCAAUUCGAAA